CUCAUAUUUACAUAUUACUUAUUUUACAUAUUUGUAAAAUAUUAAAAUAUACAUAUGUACAUAUUAUACGAAUCAAAAUCAAAUUAAUCAAUACACUACGUAGAUGUUAAAUUAUAGACUUGGUAUAUAACUUGAUUGAUAAGAGACAUUGGCAAUGUCAAGGUUUUGCAGGUUCUACAUUAAACACAUACACACAUCUCUUCUUCAAACAUACAUAUGUACAUAAACCAAUUUCUUGUAAAAAAAUGCAUGGUUUAUGUAUAUUUGUUGACGAUGACUCGAUUGAUUACUCAAAUUUAUUACGGAAUGAAUAGUAAUAUGACACCAACCACGACAUUAUACGAGAGUACAGCCAUGAAAGUUCUACUUAUCCAUAAGAUAUUAUUUUUUAUUGCUUCGUGCUAAGCAAAGUCAUGUUAUUCCACUGAUAUCGAUAUGUCUUUUAUAUCAUCGAGUCAUAUUUACUAAGGAAUAAAAUACUUGUUCUUUUCCUGCUUGUUAAACUGCAUCUCAUUCUCACGAUCAGUCGCAGUUGUCAGCAGACUCAACAUUUUUUCCCGAAAUGAAGUCUCCUUUCGUAAUUAUCGUAUUACUAUUCAUCCCACUUUUUAUCGUGGGCGUAACCUCGGACGAGUCACUGCUCCCCCUCGAACCAGACGAGCAGGGUUUCAUCGUUCCUGGAAUCCAUGCGGAAUAUCUCCCCCCACCAAUUUUCUACGAGGGCUACAUUCCACUCGUCUUGGAGUAUCAGACACCGCAGUGGAACAAGACCGAGGUCACGUUUAACAACUGGUACACUUGCGUUUCGGAGACGUAUCCUUACAAAUAUUCUUGUCCCGUCGCGUACCACAUGAACCAAGCCGUGGUCAAUUUACACGUAGAUUUUGAACAGCUCCAUCCAGCCGUGGGGAGUAUAAAUGGGAAGAAAAGUCACACUUCUUCCAGUGGUGACCACACGACCCAUUACGAUCGUCUCAUCUCGUCGUCACAAUUCUGUACCAAAAUUCAGCCUCAUUUUGCCACUAUUUAUACAAACGUGCCCAUAUUCGAGAGGUAUUUGAGAGCCCUGAAGAGAUGUGGGAUCGAGUGGGGUUGGGCGCCAGACGAUGACGUAGUUCUGGUCCAGAGAAACAUGUCAGACUUUAAUUACGGAAUUCGAACCCCCUUUACCCGAAUGGAACACAACUUUUACAAUACGUUUUACAAGAAUAUUAUCGCUCCACCUGCAGCAACGAAUACUUCCAACACGACCGCACCCACCUCGCCAACUAUCGGAAAAUUGGACUUUGUCGGGUCCGCUGUCCUCUCCAAUGCAAGGAUAACCCUUCAAGCUGGAAUUCUCAGCAUGUACUACGCCGAAAAGAACAGAUGGAUUCACGCCACGUCCGACUGCGUCCAACAUCUUAUCCCUCAGUCGAUCAUCACCCAGGACAAGUUUAUUAAGGCGUUGAAGAACAUCACAAACCUGAAAAUGUUUCGGGAUGGGCGAUUGGAGCUGGCGAUUGACAGCAUCGCGAAAUAUUACACGCUGCCAAUUACGGAUUGUUCUCAUACUUCGGGGAAUAUGAUGGUGGUUCGGAUUCAGGUCCCCUACGCCAAGAAGAAUCGUUCCAAAUCGCUCCAACUCGUGCACACUCACACGCUCCCUUUCGAAUACAAGGGUCACGUUUGUCGGAUAAAAUUGAAUUCUCAAACGGAUCACACGCCCACCGGAUUUUUUCAGGGAAUGAGCCAUCACGGGGCGCAUUUCCUCUACGAAGACUUUUCCGGUCUCGCCUUCCCCACGGACUGCAAGGGGGGCGAGCUUUGCCAAAUAUCCGAGUACGGGCUGACCCUCCGGAGUGGGGGAGCUGACCGGUGCGCCUCUGCCCUUAUGGCCAGAAACCACUCCAUCAUCAAAAACCACUGCCAGUUUACCUGUCGAAGGCAAGACUUGUCAGAAACGCCAAUUAUUACGAGAAUCCACUCUAACCAGUACGUCAUAACCGGAAGUCCUUUUACAAUUUUAAUCCACUGCAACCCAUCAUCAGCUAUAUCAACGAACACACAACAAAAUGGUUUCGAAUACGAAGUCACCUCCCCUCGAAUCGGUGCUCACCUCAUCAACCUGUCCUGUAAUUGCUUCUUCUCCCUCAAAAGCACCGAGAGGUUGAAAAUCCUAAAAUUUUACGGCGAAGGAGUAUGUACCUCGAAUGAGACGUCGUCUUCAAGCAGUAGUAGCUCAUAUUUUUAUGGGGAUGGGAGUCCAUUAAUUUUCGAAAAAGUGGAGGUAAUUCCCAUAAUGCCGCUCCACUUUGCUCACGCCAAAGAAACCAAGAACAGUGUGGGGUCAUUUUACUACGAAAAUCUCAGUCAGGAUGCCAAAGUUAACUUGGCCGAUUUUUUGGAUGAGGACAAAAUCGAGAAGAACUAUCUGGUUUCAAACAGUAACAAAGAUUCAUCAAAUCGACGAAAUUACAAUGGCGUUGGUACAGACAAUAAUGAAGACGAUAACAUUUCUCAAAUUUUACAAGCGGCAGAAUGUUCUUCCUUGACCGCGUUGUGGAUCAUUUUUAUCAUCACGACCCUCACAAUCUUUACUCUUCAAGCCUACAUAAUGUACAUUUUGAGACAAAAUGCAAAAAUAAGUUAUCCAAAAGAUGAGCGAAUUCUCUACAAAGUUCCCGAUUCGCCAGUGAUGUAGUAUUUAUUGACGUAUUAAAUUUUGAUUUCACAAAAAAUUUUGAUUUCACAAAAAAA